AUUUUGUUGAACGUUUGAAAUCGGUGGGGAAAGGGAAAAGUAAUGGUGCUCCGCGUGCUUUUGUGUGCAUUUCAAAUGUCUUAGCGCCGCCGCGAAAUAAAUACGUAAACUGUGUGCCAAAACGAAAUGUAAUUUGUAGCACAAAUCCCCGGAAAGCUGAUAAAAAGUGAACCUUAAAAUUUCCAGUUAUAAGUUAAUUGUUACGUGUAUUACAAUAUCUGUUUAAAUCGAUCAUUUAAAAUAACAAGUUCGCGUUGCAAAAGCAAACAAUGGACGUAAAGCAAAAUGCCACUCCUUAACAGUGAAACGCGAAGUAAAACCAAUCAGCCACAAGAACCGGAGCCACAUUAUCCCAUCAAGAAACUGGAGGCCCUGCCCAUAAUUGUUGAGCAGGAGGCGGAUGAUUAUGGGCAAAUCUUCGAGAAUGGCAGCCAGUUGAAUAGCACUUUAGUUGAUGCCGGCAGUUCGUCGAACUCCUCUUUGGCUACCAGCAAGUCGAGCAGUUCCCUGUGGUCCAAUGCCUCCGACGAUUCCCAGAACUCCAUCACCCUGAUCACAAGUCAGCCGUCCAACUCGAGCAAGCACUUCGAGAACACCUACAAGCUGCUGGGUCAGCAUCUGGACACAAAUAGCCAGCGUUCGGUGGAUAAACUGCAGCAGCUCAAUGGAUCAUCCGGCUGCGACUUUGACAGCAUCUCCAGUAGUUGCUCCUCCAUGUCGGCGAUUGUCAACGGGAUUGAACCGCCGCCCACGCGAUUGGAACUUGAACUGGGGGCCGUGGACCGAAUGCGAUGCAUUGUCCAGCAAAUGAAGUCGGGACCGAAGUCGAUGGAUCCUCAACUGGGCGCCUCGGCUCCGCUCUUGGCCCUGCUCCAUGAUUUCGCAUCGAAGGGGCAGCGAAAAGUGGAGGAGAGCAGUGUUCCGGGGACUCCGGUUCCCAGUCCCAUCACUGGUGUCCUGGAGGCACCGCACUUCGAGUUGCCGAAGGAACUCCUGCAGGCGGCAAGUUCCUGGGAACUCAUGUAUUACGCCUCCAAGAAUGUCGAUGGCAAAAACUGCCUCAAAGUGGUGCGAAGUUUGCUGACAAACAAAGUUCUAUGCGGCAAUCGCGUUAGCCAGAUGACUCGGGCGUACGAUGACAUUGAGGCCGUGACGCGACUGCUGGAGGAGAAGGAGAAGGACCUGGAGCUGACCGUGCAGAUCGGCAAGGAGCUACUCACCCAGAACAAUGCACUCGAGGCAAGGGUUGCCGAUCUGGAGUCCGAUCUCAAGGCCUCCAACGACGACCGCGCCCAGUUGUUGCACGAGCUGCACAAGAAGAACGAGCUAAUUUCGGUGCUAACCAACGAUGCGGACGAUGGCACGGAUACUGACACACCCACCAUGUCGAAAUCCAUUACCCUGGACCUGCUGCAGCGCAAGGUGAACACGCUGCUCGACGAGAAUAAGUCCCUAAAGUGCGAGGCCACCCAGCUGGCGCACCAGACGGACGAGGUGGAGGAGCACGAGCGCCAGCUGAUGGCCGACAUCAGUGCCCAGCUGAACGACGCCAACUCGCAGUACGACAACCUGAGUCUGGAGCUGGAGCGCCAGCGGGAGGAGAACCGGCUGCAGCACGAGCAGAUCGUGAGUCUGACCGCUCGCCUCGCGGAGGCGGAGAUGCGGCUGCACCAGCUGACGCAGGACAACGACGAGCACCUAUCCCUGCUGCACGUGACCAAGGAGAACCAGAAUGCCUUGGCCCUGGAGCUGGUGGAGUUCAAGCAGCGCUACGAAGAAGUGCUCGCCCUGCUCCACUCGGCCCAGGAUCAACUGAAGCAGCAACGCAAGCGGUCGCAGCCGAUGGCGAGAAGCUCCUUCCUCGGCGGACUGGGCACAAGUGGUGCCGGCGUUGGCAGUGGUUUCUACCAGCCAGACUCGCUGCAUUGCGAGCUGAUGGAGUCGUCGCUGUACUCGGAGAACAGCCUCGACUCGGGCAUAUCGGGCGAUAGCCAGCGAUCGGCGGACCGCAUCAGCCGCAUGAUGAUGCACAUGCCGUCCGGCGGCAUGAGUUCGUCCACGAUGGGCGGCAGCAUCUAUGCGGGAGCCGGCAAUGUGCCGCCGUACAAGCGGGUGUUCGACACGGUGCGGUGUGCUGGGAAGAGCGGCAACUACAUGGACAGCGGCAACGUGUCGAUGACCCAAUUGGGCGCCAUGUCGAUGAGCAGCACCUCGGGGCCGCGCAUGGCUUCGAUGGCGUAUCCAGCGGGCUCGUACUAUCGCGGCGGUAGCAGUCAAUCGCUGGGCGUUAAAACUCUGUCCAACGAGAGUCUCAACUCCCAGUCCGAUGACGGCUAUCCAGCCCAGCCAUCUGGUGUGCCAGGAGCGCCCGGCGCCAAGGAGCUGGAGGCGGCGCUCAAGCGGCUCACGCCGGCGGAGGUUUUGGCCCGUCGUGCCAUGCUGUCAUAUGCGCCGGCUGGAACCUACAACUAUGAUGAGCCAGCGGCUCAUGGAGCCGGAAAUGAGCGCAACUCGAACCUCCCGAUGGGCGUGCGCACGCCGGACAGCAUUAUGUCCACCGGGUCGUCGGGAAUGUCGGGAUCCACGAAUCACAUGUCCGCCUCGAUGUCGCACCAAUGGCGCCUGCCCGAGAAGCUGCAGAUCAUCAAGCCGAUGGAGGGAUCGCAGACGCUGCACCAUUGGUCCCGCCUCGCCACGCCCACGCUCAGUGGACUGUUGGACGAGCGCCCGGGCGUCACGAUUCGCGGUGGCCGGGGAUUGGACGAUCUGGGCAUGCAGAUCUACACUCUGUCGGAUGUUGAGGAGGAUGUCAGCGACGAUCUGCCCGGCAAACAGUUUGAGGCGCCGGGCUGCACCUUCACCUACACGAACAGCAUGGUCAUGCACCCCGACGAUGGCUUCGUGAACGAUCUGUCGUUCCUCUCGCAGUCGCAGAUGUCCUCGCGCAUGGCCUCCACAUCUACAUCAAGACAGCCCAGUUGUCCCGCAACGCCUCGCGCAGGACUCUCGCGUAAGAACUCCUGCUCCACGUUCUCGGUGAACCUCGGACUCGCCGGAAUGCUGAACGAGAGGGGAAUCAAGGCGGUGACGCCCAGUGCCCUUAACACGCCCGCCGGUCCCAACUUCUCGCCCACGGUGACGCCCUGCAACAGUCCCGAGGGAUCGCCUCCACGCGCCCAGUCGCCGGAGCCGCUGUUCGGACUGCUCUCGUCGGGAGCGGACCUGAUCCGCCGCAAGAUCGUCGGCGAUCAGCACCAGCAGCAGCAGCAGAAGCAACGCAGCAGCCUCAGCAAGCAGCAGCAGCAGAAGAUCAUGCUGUCGCACCUGGAGCGGCGGGCACUGCGAUCGCUGAACCUGAUCGAGAAGGUGGAGAGCAUUGGACUGGAGAACAUAAUAAGCGCACAGCGAGGCCUGGGCUCGGGAAUCGCGAACCGCAGCAGCUCGCCGCUGAGCAGUGGCAGCCUGCAGAGUCUGCACACCAGCAGCAACAGCAUCGUGGACGACAUCCACUUCGAUCGGGCGCAAAUCAAGGGUGUCCUGCAUCGCGGAUUGAAGUCGCCCACGCCGGCCGCGCCAUCAACAUCGGCGGCAACGGCUGGAGGAAGCAUUGCCGCCAUGUCGACGAGCAGCAGCACCAGCGCCUACAACAGCGACGAUAGCGAUGAUCAGGGUCUGGUGAUGAAGAGCAAACCCCCGAAGAGCACGACGCCCACAACGAAAGCAGCACAAAGUGAGCCAACUGCUGGAUCGAGUGCGCCGUCAACGACAUCCAACGGCACAGCGAGUGAAACGCGGCUGAAGCAGAUGCAGCGCCAGAAGUCGCGGAGGCAGCUAAAGAAUGGAAUGGCCAACCAGAGGCCCGAUCUGGGAACGAUUUCUGGCGGCGGCGCAGGAGGCGGACGAGUGCGUCCCGAUCUGGGCAGAGUGGCCGAUAGCAGUGGCAGCAGCAGCAAGCUGGGCACCACCACCAAGCGGAUGGAGGCGAAGGCCACGCAGGAGGAGGAGGAGGCGGCACCGCAGAGCAUCACGCAGGCCUUUGUGGGUUCAGUUAGUUCCUUGCUUUUUGGCCGCAAGGGCGGUUGGCUGUAAAACUAAGAGGGCUAAUCAUUCACAACCUUAUUCUUACGCUUGCUGGACUAUAGUUUACUUUUAACGUAAAAACUAAAAUUGAGAUGCCUUUUGCGAGUUGAAGAACAUUUUUAUUUAAGCACAACGCGGGAACGAGUUGAAUAACGAAACGUAUUGUAAUCGUGUGAAAGUUUAGUUCCAUUUUUUACUAUUUUUUUUUUUCCUUUUGUUUGAAACCCCGCAAAAUGCCUGUCGUCGCCACUUUAAGCAACACUGGAAGAAAGGUUUUAGUGUUUGUAGCUGUGAUUUGUAAAUACAUAUAGAGAAAUGUUUAAAUUUAGUAGUUAUUAAUCAAGUACUUCGCAUAUUAUUAUUAUUUCUUGCUUCAACUGACGGCGGCAAUUAAAGAACCGAACGAUGGCCAGUUCGUUGAACACCUAGUUCCAAAGCAGCUAUUUUUAGUUUAAACUACACAUUUUGCCAAUUUUGUAUUUAUUUUUCCUGUGCUUAUUACCACUUAAACGAAAACGAAACAAAUGUAUACAUUUAAGUUUAUGAUUUCCCUGUGUAUAGGGUCAAAGCAGGUGCAAAGUUGUAUAUAGGAAGUAAACUAAAUAUGAGAGAUCAACCUGUAACUUGAAUGUGGUUAAGCAGAGAGGUGCAUAUAUUUUUUUACACGCGUAUAGUUUGCGUUUUUUGCUUUCCACCACAACACAAGAUACGUGCUCCGUUGCCCCUUCAAAUUCUGUAUCACAAAGAUCAUAACUCAAAAUGAUAUUGCUUUGACUUAAAACUUAUUUCGGUGCUUAGUGCGCUGCCAUACGAAAAUACAAAAAUUAUAGCGAGAAACGAUUAUUUUUCUAGUCCUAUCCUGGGUCGGUGCUCGUUUGGCUAUGCGAAACCUUUUGAGCAUAGCUUCAAAACAGAGCGCCAUCAACUCGAGACUCAAGAACUUAAGAGCACUGAACAAAUGUGUGGAAAUACGCGUAUUAUUAUAGAUUCAUAAUCGAGAAACAGCAUAAAGAUCCAGUAAUACAAUGCAAGCAUUAGCAUAACACAUGUUAUUCAAACACUUGAAAACACACAUAGCUCGCAGUUUUAGUCUAUUAACAGGAUUCUCAAAACUGAAGUGUUAAAUUAACCUUUUUUGAUUUCGAACGGUUUUAUUUUUGAAAACGAAAAUAUCAUGGAAUAAGAGAAUAUCUAUUAAGAUCAAGAAGUAACAUAUGUUUAUUGGAGUUGUACGCGUUUUUCGAGGAUUUAUGUUUAACAGCAUUUCAACUAAGGAGUUGGCAUUAAAAGCUAAUCGAGUGCGUGCCCAAAAACGUAAAUUAAACAGAAAUUUGGAAUACAGAACAGAAUGUAAAAGUUAUUAGUUUUAAUUACCAAUAUAUUUAUUUAUAUCUGCAAAAUAAAGAGAACAUCGUUAAAUACAAA